CGCUGGAGUGUGUGUCAGGGUGACGUCUCACGCUGCUUCUUGUUUCGGAAUUAAACUGCUCUGUGAAAUUAUUGACAAUUAUUUGUAUGGUACCAACAAAUAACACAGCACUGGAUACUUCAGUAACGUGUAUGACAACAGACGUUUGUUGACAGAAACAAAGACAGGUAGCGAACAAUCCGACAUUGGCUUUAUGUAAAGAGAUAUAUAGAAAACCACCUGAGACACUGAUUUGGAUUGUACAAAUCAGCAAGCAGGCAUGGGGAGCAAGAAUAGCUGGCUCGAUCACUUUGUCUUAGGCAUUUGGCUGUCUACGAUUUUAACUGCUGGGUCAACCCAGGGCGAACUUCUCCCUACCCCAACCAAUGUUACCUUAAAAAUGAAUAUGUUUACUCUACACUGGGAAUGGGAGUCAAAUAACAUCAAUCCUGUUUGUGAAGUAAAGUACAACCGUGCAAUUAGUAAGCCAAAUAACCCCAAAAUGUGCAGAAAUAAAUUACUAUUUCAAGACGAGGACACCAAAGAAAUUGAUUUAAAUGUAUGGAUCAAUUUUACAGUUUAUAGUGAAUGCCCGCAGAACGGACUAAAAAGUAAAGAGACGCAGUUAUCCACACUGUUGGUAUCAGGAAAUCCAAAUACUGCUGUGAGAAAUUUCAACUGUGUUUGGCACAAUAUGGAGUACAUCAAUUGCACAUGGUUACCUGGAGAGAAAGCAACUCCCAAAGUUAACUACACCUUGGUUUACUGGCUACAAAAUGAAAGUUCUAAAGAGAAACUAAAAGUGCCUCAUUCUCGGCUAUUUAUGGAUUUUUUGGGCACUGCAAAACAUUGCCAUCAGUAUAAAUAUAAAGAAGGAAUUCCUGUAGGAUGCCAUUUUAAAAUUCUAAAUGAAAAAGAAGAGCUUCAAUUGGUAGUUACAGACUUUUCCAAUGAAAACAUUGAACCUUUCUACUCAUGGAUGAUACCAAAAGAAAUACUACAGCUCUCUGCACCAAAUAUCACCAAUAUAUCACGAAUGGUCAAGGACACCAUAUAUGUGAGCUGGAAUGUAACGCCGUUAAAACCUAGGCAAUCAAAAUCUGAAUUACUGCUUACAAAUUUGAAUAAUGGAAAAGUAAACAAGUAUGAGGAAACUAGGAAUAACAGCAAAGAAAUUUUACUUGGUGAUCCUGAUGCAACAUAUACAAUUAAAAUACGAUCAAAAAAACAUGACAUGUAUGGCGAUUUUCCCUGGAGUGAGUGGAGCGAGGAAAAAACUAUUUCAGCAGAAUACAAAUUCAGGACAAUGAAUAUCAUCCUAGCUGUCUUAAUCCCUAUCUCUGUGACCAUCUUAACAGUCAUCGCUGUCGUUUGUAUUAAAAGAUGCAUUCUUUGUAUUCUUCCACCCAUACCUGACCCUGGAAAACCUUUUGGAGACCUAGAUAAUUUGCAGCAAUUGCUAAGAUUCAAGUAUGCAAAUGUCUGGAACACACCACCGAAUGAUGAGAUCUGUUCUGUUAUCUUCGUUGAGUCUCCGACAUGUUCCACAUGCUCCUCCUCCUUAGAGUGAAGUUUUCAGUAACAAAGAAAAGCAAAGACAAUUUUUAUAAUACUUUCUCCUGAGGUAUACUGUGCAACAGUGAAAAUUUGACCGCAAGUUCUAAAGCUCUAAGGCCGAUCCUUACUGUGGUAUUUUGGAAAAGAAAACUUGACC